CGGAGGAGGAAGCGGAGGGGAGCGGUUCUGACGCGAUGGAGGCGAUACCGGCACCCCCGGCCUCUCCCGCCGCACUGGUGCCGGCUACCUCCGCGGGGCCCGUCGCCGUGACGGGGAAGGAGGUGGUGUCGCCGGCCCCGAGGCACCCGAAGAAGAUCCUGGAUGAGGAGGCUUAUAUCGAGAGCUUAGAGAAAAUCAUCCAGCGAGACUUUUUUCCUGAUGUGGAGAAGUUGCGAGCACAGAAGGACUAUCUAGAGGCUGAGGAAAAUGGCGACUUGGAGAAAAUGAGACAAAUUGCUAUCAAGUUUGGCUCUUCCUUGAGCAAAUCGUUGAGGGACACACCUGCACCCUAUGUUACCCCAGCCACAUUUGAAACCCCAGAAGUGCAUCCAGGUGGCCUUCCAGCGGGAAAUAAAUCUAAAGUUGGCAUCAAGACUGCAGAAGAAGGAGAAGCAGAGAAAGAUGACAAAGAUGCUCUUCCCAGCCUGGACACCUUCUUGGCAAAGCACACGAGUGAAGAUAAUGCUUCCUUUGAGCAGAUCAUGGAAGUGGCCAAAGAGAAGGAGAAAGUCAAGCACGCCUGGCUGUAUAGCGCAGAGGAGGAGUACACCCGGCGACAAAAUGAAAACCUGGCACUUCCUUCAGCUGAGCAGCAAGCUCUGGAGAACGUGAAAGCUGGACUGGAUACCUGGGAGUACACAGCUCGAAACACCCUCAUGUAUUAUCCAACAGGUGUACCUGAUGAGAGUGAUGUCUUUAAGAAGCCCAGGGAAGUUGUGCAUCGAAACACCCGUUUUGUGAAGGACCCUUUUAGCCAAGCUGUGAGCAAAUCACAGCUCCAACAAGCUGCAGCCCUCAAUGCUCAGUACAAACAGGGCAAAGUGGGACCUGAUGGGAAAGAACUGAUACCCCAAGACUCUUCAAAAGUGAAUGGGUAUGGAUUUGUGGCUACCCCCUCUCCAGCCCCAGGUGUGAAUGAGUCGCCUUUUAUGACAUGGGGUGAAAUUGAAAGCACCCCUUUGCGUCUGGAAGGGUCAGAAAGACCAUAUGUGGAUAGAACACCUGGACCAGCUUUCAAGAUCCUGGAGCCUGGGCGCCGUGAGAGAUUAGGACUCAAGAUGGCCAAUGAAGUGGCAGCUAAAAACCGAGCAAAGAAGCAGGAGGCACUUCGAAAAGUGACAGAAAACUUGGCCAGCCUUACUCCAAAAGGACUAAGCCCAGCAAUGUCACCAGCUUUGCAAAGACUUGUAAACAGGACUGCAAGUAAAUACACCGAUAAAGCCCUGCGAGCCAGCUACACUCCUUCCCCAGCCCACACAGGAACUCCUGGUUACAAGACCCCAGCCAGUGGGCCUCAAACGCCCCAGAGCACCCCACAGUCUAGGACAGUAUCUCAGACACCAGUAUCUCAGGAUACUACAUCCAUCACGGACAAUUUACUGCAGCUUCCCAAAAGAAGAAAGGCAUCUGAUUUCUGCUGAACAUUCCAAUCACCACCAAGGUGAUAGGGAUCUGGCUGUGCUCAGUGAACUGCGGACUGGUUACUGGAAACUGGGAAAAUGGCGAUAAUUUCUUAAAGAUACAUUUCUGUUUUUAAGAGAGGCAUGCAUUUAAGUUCGUUUCUGUACAGCUACGUCUGUUUCUUAAGUGGGGUAAGCCUUUCUAAAAGGCUAAACUGGACGUGGCUCCAGCUUGUCAAACUUCAGUUUGUAGUUUGCAGAAGAGGGCACUCAACCAUGUGUAUACUGAGGUGUGACACAGAAUUUUAGAGAGGUUCUCUUUAACUUGAAUUUAAACUGAUGCAGUUCACAAAUUUGGCUAACUCUGUGAUGUUGUUAAAACUAGCGUUCCUUGAGAGGACCCCAUUUCCUCCUUCACUCUUUACACUUUUCAGAAUGGGUUUUGCCUUGCUGCUUUUGCUCAGGCUUUUCUUCUGCAGGUUUUGGGCUUCUUGGCCUAUUCUGCAGCUGGCACAGGGAAGGGAUCAGAUUUGUUUUAUAGCUGCUCUGUGUGUGACUCCAUAGAGUUGCUGAUCACGAUGCAGGGACGAGACUGUCCUGUGUCAGCCACCAAGAUGACAGUGCCAUUCUGAAGGACAGAAGUGGUACCUCUGAUAGCCACACUGGGGCUUUUGUUUGCUGUUGUCCUCCCAUUCAUUGAAAAUUUUGGCUUUAGUCUUAUAAUUGGCCAAAAAAAGGAAAAGCAAUUUUAGCCAUACAUAGCCUUCACUCAGUACUGUGGUUGCUGCAUAUGAGCUGACCUUUGUGUAUGGGAUGAGCCCCUGUGGUGUGAUCCAGCCUGGAGAAGCACUGUGUACCCUUCUGGAUUAAGCAGGUGUGGCCAGAUGUGUUCACUUCUUGCAGCACACCUGAGUACAAGACACUACAGUUGGCAAUAUUGGCAUUUGCUAUAGUCAGGUGAUGUUUUACUGAGGGAACAUCCAUGGAAAGUCCUGCCCAGCAGCUUGAAUAUCUGUGGCCUUCUCUAAGAUGUGGGGUGUUGGGUGCUGUGUUUGUCUUGGUGGAGAGCUUCCUUUUGUGUGGUUUCCUCUGCCACUUCCAAAACUCGUGUCCCUGACUGUGAAAAACCCUUCCAAGGGACUCAGUUUUUAUAGUGCACCUUGUAAAAAUAAAUUGAUCAACGUGGCAUAGCUAGGAAUCAUGACUCAAAAUUUAGUAAUUUUUACCUUUUUUUUACCUUGAAAGCUAUGUUUUUUCUUUAAGCAAAAAAAUUAUUCUCAGGUACUCAUGAAUUAAUGUAAAAGGACUGCAUUUACUAAGCUUUUCAUGCUUUAAGGACUGAACUGAGUAAAUAUGAAUGAAGUUCUUAUGUAAUUUAAAGUACUAAUUAUUUAUUUCAUAGUGAAAUGCUUGUCUCGAUUAAGCAUAGGAGACCUCUCCGUUAGGUACACGGGCAGAUGGUCAGACCCUGGCCUGCAGUUUGGGUCACUGGGGAGACCAGGAGCAAGGAGUGGAUGUGGGAUUCCUGCCCAUUUGUGGGUGCAGAAGCUCCUCUGAAUGUGGGAUGCAGAGAAAGGCUGAGCAGCAUUCGAGGGACUGCAGAUGGGGUGUACACAUGGAUCAGGAGUGGGAUGUGACACCUCUCUGCCACAGCAUUCGAAACUGACUGUGCUCAUACCAAGGUGUAGCUGGAAAAUAGGGGAAUGUGAUAUCUGAGGGCGGUUAGUUCCACAUUGUGCAAUUCAUGCUUAAAAGCUGACUGCAUUAAAUAUCCUGUGGAUGAUGUUGGUUUUGUGUUUGCCCUCAAGUGAAUUAACCUAGACAGCCACACUAAAAUCACAGUCUUGAUUCUGCCACACUGACGGGCCUUCACAUGUUUUUGGAAAUGGAACUUAUUUUCAGUUACAUGCUGUAAAACUGGAUCUGUUGAAAGGGCUAUAGUGCUCUUCAGAUUGGCUGUUCCUGUAAUGCCUGCUGUAAUGUCUGUUCUCUGCUUCCUGCUGCAGUUCAACCCCUGCUAUCUCUAAUUAGUGAAUCAGUAAAUUCUUCACUGCCAGAUAUUUUUGCUGCUGUAGCAGUGGCAGAUAAUGUGCCUUACAGGGCCAAAUCCAGUGUGAAAAAACA